CGCUCAUUUCUCUUGUCAUUCCUUAAUCCUGGGUGUACUGGCUUCACCUAUCACCAGCCCUCUGCUAGCUCCCGUAUACUAUUUUGUCUGCGCUCUCCUAACCUCGUCAAGCCUCGCCAAGUCUCGUCGAAUUCACCUAUCAUCGUGUCCGCCAGGGCAGCUAAUUCACCACAAUGGCUCAGAUUGCCCUGCCACGACACCGCGCGACCCAGUCGCAGUCUGUGGGCGUCGGUUCACCCCUCUACCAGCGCCGCAAUGCCCCCAAUGCUGGCGCCAUCGAGCUCAUCCCCAACCCAGAGUUCUCGUUCCCCAUGCGCGACCCCGACGCGGCCUCUUCAGAACCCACCACGUUCAACUCGCGGCCAAUGUCGCUCCAGGCAUAUCCAGCGGGCCGUCGCGGGUCUAUGCCGCACGCGAGACAAAAGUCCAUCAACACUCUGCCUAGUUUCUCCUUCAAUCCUGCAGGCACAUUGAAGCCAGCCACGGGCACCUCUCCACCCGUCUCGCCAGCGACCGUCACAGUAACACCAGCAACCACAGCACCCGCGACUCCUUCGAGACCAAUACAGGGACACCACAAAAGGGGAGGAAGCGAAUUCAUUGGCGGAGACAAUCGUCCAGGCAUGUCACUGCUGAGCAGCAGUCCGACCAAGGGCGAGGGCGAUCUGCCAGCACCAGACACCACACUGCGUCCUGGACCUCCAGCAGGAAGGCGUGGCCAUGCUCACCGUCGUUCAGGCGCUGUUUCCUCCCACGACCUGUCCUCGAUGAUGACACCUCCCCCACCAACAACCGGCAGCGCGCCAGCCACGCCUUUGGAGGGCAACCAGUUCAUUGUUGGUCACUCCGUAAACAGAUCCAUGUCGCAGCCGUCAUUGCGGGCGAGCGGAGCCGACGAUGACUCGGCUGCACGCCCUCCAUCCAGGGCGCGAGUCGGAUUCUCCGACACAGUCGAAUACAUCCGCCCUCUGUCAACCAUUUCCUCGGAAACAGAGACAUCCAUGUCUACGAUCCGGUGUCAUUCGGCCUCGAACAGCCUCUCGUCGAUAGUGAGCGGCACGCAACCUGCACGCAUGGGUCGCCCAACCCUCAGCACAGUAGAGGACGAGGGACGACCUAGCACCGCUGGAGCCGUUCUGGACAAGUUUAUGAGUAACUCGUUGAGUGGCGACGUCUUGGAGCGCAAGCGACCCAUGUCUGCAGUUCCUGCAGCCUCGCCAACACUCGAUAUGAGCUCGAAUUCCCCCCUUCCCUCCAAAAGACGGAGUUUCUUUUCACGCAACAGCGACAAAUCAAUCAACGUGUUUCCAGUCAGCAAAUCUGACCCCGCUCUUUCGCGGUACUUGGAAUCGCCCUUGUCCACACCAUUAUCCGAAAGCAACGAGUCCGUAGAAGAUGCAGAGAAACCAAAGUCUGCAUCACGCAAAUCGAUUCGUAAACCCCGGAAAGUGAAGUCAUGGGCAAAUUCCAUCAUUCAAAAGAAGGGCAGACACAGCAAGAAAGUGAGGAGCCGCGCGCCAACGCCCCCAACAGACGCAGCCGUAGAAGUUGACGAUUCGGAUGUAUCGGACGACCUGGAUUUUGAACCCAAUUUUGAUGAGGAUACCACUGUGACCAUCGUCGCACCAUCUGAGUCUUCUGCCCCGGCGAGGAAGCUUGACACUGACAUUGCUUCGUGGCAACCGCGACCAAUGAAGCGUGUGGACUCCGACAUUAUGAGCCCCAUUAUCGAUUUGGACGCGGCGCUUGGGCCGUUCAAUACUCCCAAUGGCUCCAGUCCACGAAAUCAGCAGCGCGGAUUUUCCGCCCACAGAAGGGCCAUGCACAGCUUCAGUGGAACUGCACCAAGCCACCGAAGAACAGAAAGCGCGCCCGAACUGGUGCCUUUCGAGUUCAGGUCAUCGGCUGCUGCUUCUUCUGCUGCUCCCAUGGCUGAUGUGUUUGAGGAAGAGGAGCCAGAAGAUGAUGUACUUGUCAUGAAGAAGGGUUCAAUUGGUUCCAUUCCUGAAGAGUCCGAAGAGCCCAAGAUCCAGCUUGUCGAAGCAGAUGGCAAGCAGAAUGGAUCAACCAUCAACUGGAACUUCAAUGAUGGGUUGGGCAUCAAGCGCAAUACUAAGCUAAGCCAGCCAGAAUCAACGGAGCCUUUGUCUCCUCGAGCGCUACCACAACUAGUGCCAAGCGAUAGCGGCAUCUGGCAACCACAGCAGGCUGGUGUCGUCGAGGUUGUGGAGGACCAUGAAGAGCCGCGUACAUCGUCUCUGACCCACUCUUCCGACUCCACAGUCACUCAACAGCCGUUGACAGACGAUGUGAAAGACCACGAACCAGUGAUGAACGUGUCUAUUCCGCUUUCGCAGCAAAGCCUUAUGACACCCGACACUAUAUCGUCUUUCCCGUCUCCUGAUUACCAUUCUAGCCAGAUCUCAUUCGAUAAUCCUCGUUUGGGAACCGCGGGUUCCUCGAUGACCGACUACCCCAUCAUGCCAUCGCCACGAUUCGGAGAGCCCGGUCCUGAGCUUCGCGUCUCGGUGGACGAUGUCCCGUCUCUGUCGUCGUCAAGAUCGACUAUGACGAUCGCAAUGCAGCAUGCCUACCCGCACCCCAGUUCCCGUCGACCCAGCGACCGCUCGUCAUCUCUGCACUCUGCUACCAGCGAGGUGGACACACGCCGCCGCAAGCGUUCCAGCAUCGCAAGCUUGUCUCGACUCAUCAACAGCUCCUCUUAUAUUGAGAGGAGCAAGCUUUCAAUCGAGCAGCGUCCGCAUUCUGAACAUCGCAUGGAGCCUGUCAAAGAGAAGAAGAAGAGCAACCGUUUGAGUAAGCUGAUGUUCUGGAAAUCCCGGGAAUCCUCGUCAUCGUCGCGCGUCUGAUUCAAACCUCUCUUCUGGACCUUUCCACCCUUGGCACAUACCUUGACCACAUAUCGAAGGCAUGAUUUUGCAGUUCUUCCCGAACCUGGGCGUACACACCUCUCACCUUCACAUCUUGCAUGACACGGAGUUUUACCAGCGAGGCGGCUACGAAUGUUUAAUGGCGCAUCUUUUGCGAUGUUUCUCUUUUUGUUUUUGACACGCGAACAGGAGGAUACUUUCUUACACUCGUUGAGCAUAACUGCAUCUUUUUCCUUGCUUGCUCACUUUGUCUUGCGAAUACUGGGAG